AUGCGACUCCAAUGUGCGAGCGCAAUCAGGCAGAGGCCAUUGGUCUCCCGUCUAAAUCGCAUUGGCCAAUCUCGCAAUUACAGGGUCGCCAUCUUAGGCGGUGGCAUCACAGGCCUCACAUCCGCCUGGCAGCUGUCGCGGGACCCCAGAUGCGAGAGUGUCACGAUUUUUGAGAAGUCCAACAGACUAGGUGGCUGGAUUGACUCCGAGAGAGUGCCCGUCAAUGGUGGUGAGGUGCUGUUCGAGUACGGUCCGCGCACAUUGAGGAGUGCGGUACCAACGUCGCUUCCGCUGCUCUACUUGGCUACAAACCUAGGCCUGAAAGAAGAGCUUAUUUUUACCUCGAAAAAGAGCCCGGCGGCGCUCAAUCGAUUCAUCUACUAUCCAGACCGUCUGGUCAAAAUGCCAGGCCCUUCCCAGCACCAAGAGAGUUUCAUUGAGAAAAUCACACGGAUGAUAGAAGAACUACAAGACCCUGUAUUUGAGGGACUGGUGUCGGGAAUAUUCAAGGAUAUCUUCGGUCCACCCCGGCACCCGUCCGAAUGGGCGAAAGAUGAAUCCGUGACGGAAUUUGUGGAGCGUCGUUGGGGCUCGAGUGUUGCCGAAAACUUGGUUUCAGCAGUAUACCAUGGAAUCUAUGCCGGUGACAUCGAUCAAUUGAGUGCCCAGAUGCUAAUGGGUGAGCUCCGCAACAACGAAGGCGGCGUUGCUGGCGUUGGUGGUUUCGUUUCUGGCGGAGUGCUUGGAUCAAUGGUAUCACGGGCGAUGUCGAAACUGAAGACAAGGAAAAUGGAUGAUUUCAUGGCCUUGCAAGCCCUUGCCACAACGCCGGAGCUGAUCGAGCACCAAGCUCGUAUCACAAGGUUCCUUAAGGAGUCGAGUACAUUCAGCUUUAAAAGAGGCGUUGGGCAGCUUGUUGAAGCACUUGUUGCUUCUUUGGAAGCGUCUCCCAAGGUAAAAAUAUACAAGAAUGCUGAACCGACUACGCUGGGUAGAACCCUUCACUCCUCUUCCAUUUCGAUUGAAUGUACCUCACUAAACGAUUCCAAAAGCUCAAUUUGGGCUAAUUAUGAUCAUGUCAUUUCCACAAUACCCCCAGUUUCACUCGCCAAAAUUAUGCGUCCAAUCACAACAGAUAAGACACGCACCCCAGUGAAUGAGGCUCCCAAGAUCCAGAAUCCUGGCCACACUCCCUACCUUCUCGGCAAACACAACUACGCCGUGACCGCCAUGGUCGUGAACCUCUACUAUUCCAACCCAAACCUUCUCCCCGUACAAGGGUUUGGAUACUUAAUCCCACGCUCGAUCCCAUGGACACAGAACCCAGAAUGCGGAUUGGGCGUCAUAUUCGCCUCGCAAUCCAGCACAGGCAGGACUGCAGAUAACGCAGAAGUCAGCCAAGACACCGUCCCCGGCACGAAGCUCACCGUCAUGAUGGGCGGCCACUAUUGGGACGGCAGACAAGAGUAUCCGGAUCAUGAUACCGCCGUGCGUAUGGCACGCACCAUGCUCCAAAGGCACCUGAACAUAACCGCCACGCCGGCUGUUGCUAAGAGUCGUUUGCAAAAGAAUGCCAUUCCACAGUACACUGUUGGUCAUCUUGAUCGCAUGUAUGAUUUGUCGAAGGUUGUGCGCCAUGAGUUUGACAACCGUCUUGUUUUGGCUGGAAAUUGGUACAAUGGAGUCGGUGUGGGUGAUUGUGUUAACCAGGGCAUCAUGGCUUCUACAUUCGGCAUUGGAUACAGACUUAACGCCAAGGGCGCUAAACCUUCACGCUGGCGACCAUGGGAAUCUUAUGAUUACAAGGGCUGGGAUCUACGGGGUGGUGUUGUUACGGCACCGGCGAGACUGAUUGACUCGAAAAUUUAA